AUGGUUACAUUUGCACCGGAUGAAAUCGGUUUAGCUGAUAAAUCGCCAUGUGCUGGUAUCAGAGCCGAUCUCAAAAUGUGUUUACUAGCCAGUGAUUGCUGUAAAAAGGAAAAGAAAAGUCCCAGAGAUUGUCUUAAGGCACAUACAGUACCGGAUGAAUGUUUACAACUCCGACAAACAUUCUUUGAAUGUAAAAGAUCACUUCUUGAUACACGGAGAAGGUUUCGAGGUCAUAAGGGAUACUAA